GGGAUCAGAAUGGGGAUGAGGCAGAUCAUCUCCUCGAUCAUCUCGAACUACGCGAUACCUUGUCCGAUCUGCCUCAAGAUCCCAUCAUGGACUUGUUUCCGGAUUGCAUCGGAUUCCAAGAGCUCAAUGAAGAUCUCAUCACGGAUCGUCGGUCCUCCAAACGACGGCGACGGGUUCGCUUCACUCAGGAGGCGGAGAAGGAUCCACACCACAAACCAGAAGGGGAUCAUGAUGAUGAUAAUAAUGAUGAUGAUCAUGAUGAUCAUGAUGAUGAUAACCUGGAGAGUCCUCGACAGAUCACAAUGCCUCGGAAAAGACGACCUUCGCACCUGUUGAUGGCCUUGGAUCUGGACACGAGUGGCACACCGAGGACCAUCCUGAAGGACCGAAUUAAACUGAAGGACGACACGAUCAAGAAGCUCUCCAGUGAAUUCAAAGAGCUGGAGGAGUUCACUCGCAUGGAAAACGAGGUCCUUGAAGAGGAGAAGAAACGAAUCAAAGUCAAAGCGGUUGAAGACAUGAAGCGAAGUCUGAACACUCUCAAGCACGAGAAGAGCCUUUUAGAAGGCCGAUUAGAGGACAUGAAGGCCGAAAAGGCCAAGGCUGAGCUAAGGUUAAAGUUCUUGCAGGAGGAGAACGAAGGCUUCUGGUUGGCCAAAUAUCAGGGAGAGAAAACUUCACGACGACAGUCUGAGAUCGAGAGCGAAAAGGUUUUGCUGAGGGAUUUUGACUCGGCCCUCAUGGAUGUUCAAGACCUCAAGAACACCAUCAACGACCUUAAAAGCGCAAUUGACCGGAAAGAAGUGGAUUGUGAGAAGAAGAUUGAAGCCAUCAAAGCCGCAUGCGAGACCCAAAUCCGUGACUCCCAAUGCAAGCCUGAAGAAAUUCAGAUAAUGCGAGAGAAGUGCGUUGCGUACGAGGAACAAAUUCAAGCCCUCUUGGCCAUCUCCAACGAGACAUCAAAAGAGAACCUGAGAGAAGCUGAACUACUCGCACAACUUCAAAAGCAGGAGCAAUCACACUUGACGAGAAUUCAGGAUUUCGAGUCCCAAAUUGAGGAAUUGAAAUCCUCAACGAAACACUCGUCAACAGCAGCAAAUAGUUUGGACUUGGCUCAUGAUGCCAAGAUCCAAGAGGUGAUUUCAGACAUGGCGAGACAAGAAGACGAGUUCCAGAGAAAGACCAAAGAUCUUGAAUCGCAGAUGGAACAAAUCACCGCCGAGAAAGAGUCCGCUUUGAAUAUGAAGGAUCAGGAACUUGCGGACAAGAUCCUUAUUGUAGCCAAUGAGCAGGAACGCGUAAUCCAGGAGAAAGAGUCUCGGAUUCAAGAACUCCUUGCCACCCAAAACGCUCCUUCAAUGAUUGAAGAGCGAAAAAGCGACCAAGACUGUCUCCUGGAGGAAGCAGAGCGAGAAAUGUCCAAAAUGAGCCGGGAUUUCGCGUCCAGGAUCCAAGCCAUCCAAAUUGAGUCGGACGCCAGGUUUUGCGCCAGAGAAACCCAACUGUUGAGCCAAGUGCGAGAAUGUGAAGACAAGAUCCAGACUCUUUUGGAUGCUUCUACGCUUCAUGAGACGAAAGUUCAAGCAUUGGAGGCAGACAAAGAAGCCCUUCUCAAGAGCAAAGAUCAGGAACUCUUGGAAUGGCAAACCACUCGAGACGAACUCGCCAGAAGGCUUGAAGAGAAAGAAGAGGAAUCCCAAAGAAUGUCCCAAGAACUAGAAGAGCACCUCCAGAACAAGCAAGAGUUGAUUCAAACCAUUGGCAAGCUGGAAACCGAUCUCCAGACGGUGAACCAAGACAAGAAAGUCUCACAAGAACAGGUCUCCAAUGAAUAUCAAGCGCAAAUCCAGUCCAUUCAGAGGCAAGCCGAAAACCAACUCGCUCAAGAGCAAGCCAAAGUCACUGAAUUAGAGGAACAGGCUUCGUCAAUGAGUCUGAAACUAAGUGAAACCGAGGACGCCUUAGCUGCGCUUAAAGAGACUCUGGCAGAGGAGAAACUCAAAGUGGCGGAUUUGACCAAUCAGGCCCAAUCCAAUAUGGAGGAGCAAGUGUUGCGUCAAAGGUGUCAAGAGCUGCAAGAGGUCAUCAAUACUCUGGAGAGUGACAUUCUCAAAGAGAGCGCCGCCAAAGAGGACCAUCAUCGACAAGUCGAGAGUCUACAAGAAUCUCAGAGGAUUGGGAACCAAGAGAAGCAAGAUCUAGAAGUUCAGUUGGAUUUGAAGCAAGGCCAACUGGAAAGCUUAAAUGACGAAAUCCAGGACUUGAAACAGGAACUAGAGGCGACCAACUCAGUGAAAGUCCAGCUUGAGCAGCUGCAAGAGGAGAAUGCAUGUCAAUCCAAGACUUUGGAAGAGUGUCAGCGGCAAGUUGUAUCCCUUCGAGGUGAGGUCGAGGCACUGAGAGCUCAAAAGAAGAGGGAGGAAUUGCAUUGGACCGAUCAGGUGGCCAGCCUCACCCGAAAAAUCCAGGAUCUCGAACAACUCAAGUCUUCGAGUGAUGAAUCCUUGUCCCAAGGAAUACAGGCCCAAAACGAUCUCAUCCAGGAAUACCAGACCAAAUUGCAGUCCUUGUCUGAAGAAAUCGAAGAAUGGAAGACACUGGAGCAAGGAUUCCUUCGGUCCAAGGAUUCAUUUGAUUUGGCCAUUUGCAACAAGAACCAGGAGAAUCAGGCCUUGACUGCCAAGCUUCAAGAGAGCGAAUCUGAAAUCCAGUCCUUCCGAGAUGUGUGCGAGAACCUCUCUGCGCAAAUCACUGAGGAGAAGGCCAAGAGUGAGGAUUUCAGGCGACAAGUCUUGACGUGGGAAUCCAAAGCGGAGAACUUUCAGCGACUUCAACAAGAUUUGGCCUCCUUGAGGCAAGAACGCACCGAGUUUGAAGGCCUCUCAGAGUUUGCAAAAUCCGUCCAGAAAGACCUAGAGAACGUUCAAGUCACGUGCCAAAGUUUAAAGGAAGAACUCGAAGCAGAGCGACGGAAGAAUGGCCUUGUUGUGGUCGAGAACCAAUCAUUUCGCAAGGAGCUUGACGCUCUCCGGUCCAACCAUAACCAGGUGCAGUUGUCUUUUGAAGCCAUAAAGGAUCUUGAAUCGCGCAACCAAGAUCUCGUAGAUGAACUAGAAAAUGCCCAAUCCUUUGAGAAACUUGCUAACAAUCUGCAGCAAGCUGUCCGUGACAAGCAAGAGGCCUUGGAGAAAAUCUCGCUCGAGAACGCCUCUCUCAAGGCCACACUUCAAGACUUGUCCAAUCCAACCAAGGUUCCCGAACUGGAGGCCAAACUCCAUGAGGCCUUGAUCGAGAAUGCCACCCUCAAGGUGAAGGUCGAGCGUGAGGACUUGGAGUUCAAGAAGAAGUGCAAGGUCCUCUCCGAGAAUCUGGCCUUUGAAAAGGACGAGGUUCACAGCCUUCGAGACAAGCUCCGUCGGGUUCAACGGGAAAAGAUGGACGCCUCCAUCAUGCCCAUGAGUCGUAGCCAUUCCAUUGACGCGAAACCGACCACUCAUGACGCUCACACCAUGACCAAUGCUGAGGAGCAGCAACCCCUUGCCAAGAUCAAUCCCGGAUCGCCAGAGCUCAACGAAAAAGAGGCCUUUGAAAAGGUUAUGGCUAAAUAUGAGAAGGGAUAUUGGAGCCAGGGGAGUGGGAUCGUCAAGGACUACGCCUUGGAUGUGGCCAAGGCCAGAAUCGGUGAGCUCGAGCGCAAGUGCGCCAAUUUCAAGGACGAGUCCAACCAUUACGAGUCCAAGGCCCGCGAAUGGAAGAAAGAGGCCCUUCAGCUGAGGCACAACCAAAAGAAGCUCCAGGAAAAGCUAGCUCGUCCACCCGUGGCGCCCUCUGCCUCAGCCGCACCCGUGAGCAACAAAUCCAAGUUGGCACAAUUGGAAGUGCUUCAAGAGUCUCAAACCCUGAACAAGAUUGAAGCUCCUCUUUUGGGCAUUGAUCCUGCGGGUGCGGGUGUGGGUGCGGGUUCAGCCACGAUGACGAAAGCUCCAGCCACUCCCGACGAGGAUGCGGAGUUGAUUGCCAAUUUCAAGUUGGAUUUUAAUAAAUGUGAUCCGGACCCGUUUAGGAAGAUGCCCAAGACGCCCAAGAAAACGCCCAAGAAAACGCCCAAGAAAACGCCCAUGAAGAAGAAGUUGAGCACACCCAUGAAGGAGAACUGCAAACAACAAUAGUGCCUUCCAUUUAUUGCGGGCAUCCGUGUAAGAACACGAAAUCGAACAACUUUAUGCUGAAUGAUAGUAUGAUAUUGGUGUCAUUAAUUUAAACGCCACUCUGUUUCAAGAGACUCUUGAAAUCUGGCCUCCUGUGUCGUCGUGUUUGAAUAAAUGGCUUCAAGAUGAAAGGAAGUCACAUCAAUCUGGCCAA